AUGUCUCCCCAAGAUACCCCCAUUGCCGUUGUAGGCAUUGCCUACCGUGCCCCUAGCAUUGGAGGGAAAGGGAUUUGGGACUACCUGGCCCAGGCCCGGUCUGCCUGGACCACCUUUCCCGAGCAUCGGUUCGAUGUGUCGGCCUACCGCAAGCCUGGAGCUGACAAGUCGGGCGUCUUCAGAGCCGAGGGUGCUCACUUUCUGCCGGGGGACAUUUACUCCUUCGACGCCGCCUUCUUCAACAUGAGAGCUGAAGAGGCCAAGAACGCGGAUCCCCAGCACCGGUUGCUGCUCGAGUGCGCCCUGGAGGCCGCCGAGGACGCAGGCCAGACUCUCCUUGACUUGGCCGGUAAGAAGAUUGGCGUCUUUGUGGGUGCCGGCCAGCAUGAAUACUCGGAGCGCCUUGGAGAGGAUCUUUUUGCGGCCAAGACCUUCACUGCCACCGGUCUGGCCCCUUGCAUGCUCGCCAAUCGCAUCUCAUACUUUUUCGACGUGUAUGGCCCAAGUGUGGUGCUGGAUGCUGCUUGCGCAUCCAGUGUCUACGCCGCACAUGCUGCCGUGUCGGCCGUCCGCAACGGCGACUGCGAUGCUGCCUUCGUCGCAUCCUGUGCCCUCACAGUUGCCCCUGGGGGGUGGCUCGCGCUGGAGAAGACAGGAGCCCUGUCAGUCCACGGACGCAGCUUUUCCUACGACCACAAGGCCUCAGGCUUUGGGCGUGGCGAAGGCGCUGCCUGCCUGCUCAUCAAGCCCCUGGACGCGGCGCUAAAGUCCGGCGAUCCCAUCCACGCCGUCAUCCGCAACUCUGCAUGCAACCAUGGCGGCAGAUCAGAGGGCAUCACCAUGCCGAACGGCAUCGCUCACCGGGAACUCCUCCGCACGGUCCAUGCUGCUGUGGGCCUGGACCCUGGUGAGACCGCUGUUGUCGAGGGCCACGGGACUGGUACCGGAGCUGGCGAUCCCAUCGAAGCUGGCGCAUUCACGGAUGUUCUCGCCAAAAACAGGACGCCCGAGAACCCAAUCUACAUUGGCUCUGUCAAGUCCAACUUUGGGCAUCUCGAAGGAGCUAGCGGCAUGCUCGGCAUGAUUAAGGCAAUCUUGAUGGUCAAGAACGGGGUUGUGCUUCCCACAGCGGGCUUCGAGACCAUCAACCCCAAAAUUCCGGACAAGGAGAAGAUCGUCGUGCCGAGUGGCCCCAUUCCAUGGCCGAAGGGCGAGAAGAGACGAGUCAUGGUGACCAACUUUGGCUUUGGUGGCAGCAAUUCCGCAAUCAUCUUCGAGCAAGCGCCGCAAAGGGAGCGCGAUGCCAAUGGUCACGCCAACGGCACCAAUGGCUCCAAUGGCUACCACGUCGCCAACGGGAAUAGCACGAAUGGCUACACCAAUGGCCACACCGAUGGCCACACUAACGGCCACUCGAAUGGCCAUGCCAUCUCACUCGCUGACCCUCGCUACCUGUUUGUUCUGACCGCCAGGAACGAGAACAGCCUGAGCUCGUACCUAGCCUCGUUCAAGGACUACCUCGACGAGGCUCCCGAGGACGUCAAGUACCUGAAAAACCUCGCCUACACUCUCGGACAGCGCCGCACCCAUCACCCAUACCGCGUGUCCGUCGUGGCCGACUCGCUAGACACCCUCUCGGAGAAGCUCUCGCAGGUGAAGCCGGUCAGGGUGAAGGACCGCACCUUUGCCUUUGUCUUCACCGGCCAGGGCGCCCAGUACGCUCAGAUGGCGACCGGGCUGCAGCACUACAAGGUGUUUGCCGCCGCCCUGGACCAGGCUGAGUCCCAUCUCCAAACCAUGGGCGCGAAAUGGAGCCUCAAAGAGGAGUUGGGCAACGCCGCCGGCAGCUCCCGCGUCGAUGAUGCCGAGAUCAGCCAGCCGGCGUGUACAGCCAUCCAGCUGGCUCUGGUGGAGCUGCUCAAGAGCUGGGGGAUCACUCCGAGCACCGUCACGGGCCACUCGAGCGGCGAGAUUGGAGCAGCCUACGCCGCUGGUUUGAUCUCGUUCCGCACCGCCAUUGCCGUCUCGUACUUUAGGGGUCAGGCAGCUGCCCAACUCUGGCGCCAGCAGGCUGGAGUCCAGAAAGGCGCCAUGCUGGCUCUCGGCGUUGGCCCUGAAGAAGCCGAAGACCUCCUCCAGCAGCACGCCCAGGGAUACGCGACCGUGGCCGCCAUCAACAGCCCCAAGAGCGUCACCAUCUCGGGCGACCUCGCUGCCAUCGCAAACGUGCACAAGGUCGCAGAGGCGAAUGGCUUGUUCGCUAGGAAGCUCAAGAUCCAGAUGGCCUACCACUCCCGCCACAUGGAAGCGGUGGCCUCGUAUUACCUGGACCAGAUCCGGCCCUACUGCGACAAGGACUCCGAGUACCUCGCCUCUGACCAUUCCUCGCCUAAGCCGAUCUUUGUGUCUUCCGUUACGGGGAGCGUACAAGAUCGCGACUCAGUCGACGCGUCCUACUGGGUCAAGAACCUUGUCCGCCCGGUGCGGUUCUCAGAUGCCAUCAAGGCCGUCUUCACGCCGACGCCUGUCAAGGGAAGCAACAAGACUGAGACUCCCAACACGGUCCUGGAGAUCGGUCCCCAUGCUGCUCUCAAGAACCCAAUCAAGCAGACGGUGGAGAUCACGCAUCCCCAGAAGGUCUCAACCUUCAAUUACCUCCCUUCUCUGUUGCGCGGAACCGGCUCCGAGGAGGCCAUCCUCGACCUUGCGGCGUCCCUCUUCACCCUGGGAGCGCCGAUCCAGCUCGCUGCUGUCAACCAGACGAGCGUGGACAAUGCCGAGGUCGUCACUGGCCUCCCAGGCUACGCUUGGGAUAAGUCCGUGAGCUAUCAGCUGGAACCGCGGGCGGUGCAUGAGAAACUGUUCCCUGGCGAGGCCUACAAUCACUUGCUCGGCCGAAUCAUGAUCAGCACUGGUGGCAAGGAGAAGGCAUACCGCCAAGUGUUCACGCUGGACGAGGCCCCAUGGAUCCGGGACCACGUCGUGGCGGGCGCCGUCAUCUUCCCCAUGACGGGCUACAUGUCUUGUGCCAUCGAGGCCUGCCGGAGAACCCUCACAACCCCUGCCACCGCAUUCCUCGUCCGCGACUUCCACGUCAAGUCUCGUUUGGAGAUCCAGGAAGAUCAGGAGGUCGACAUGGUAACCAAGAUCCGUCCUGCCGCAAGUGGAACUGGCGCAAAGUCGUCGACCGCUUGGGAGUUUGAGAUCUCAUCCUGGCAGGACAAUGCGUGGAACAUCCACGCCCACGGCCAAAUUGAAGCCGAAUACAGCGAGAUGACGGUCGAGACUCCAACCCUGAGUGCCUCGCUUCCGCUGGUCGACAAGACUGAGGGCCUGGUCGAGCAAGAUCUGGCGUACGCCUAUGCGGUUGCCGGUGUGCGUGCCACCCGCUAUGGUCCGACCUUCCAGAAUUCGACGGCCUUCUUCGAAGGUAAGGGGUACACGCUCCUCCGCCACGCCCUCCGCAAUCUGGGCGAGGCGCUGGAGGCACCCAACCCGUUCGGCUCGCCCGUCACGGUCGACCCGCCUACCAUCGAUGGUUUCCUUCAGGGUGGCGGUCCCCUCCAGGUGACCGAGGAUGGGCGACGACCAGCGCAGAUGCCCAAUUACAUCAGUCGGUUCCGCAUCUCCAACAAGAUCCCAUCGACCCCCGGGCAGCGUUUCGACAUUGUCACGCGCCUGCUCGACUACGACGUCAAAGGCGGCCGCAUGAACCUAGGCGUGGCUGCCUUCGCACGAGACAAGGACGGCACGCUCACUCCUGUUGCCGAGUGGGAGUCGUGCGCCUUCCGCACCAUUGGCUCCACAGAAGACGAGCUGGAUCCCGCCGCUGCUCUGCCCGAGAACUGGAGGUGGGAGCUGCUGCCGCGCUUCGACUAUCUCCAGUAUGAGAAGCUCGACAAGACUCUGCCCAAGCAGAUUUUGAGUGCCGAGGAAAAGGAGCACGUUGCCAACUUGGACAAGGUCGCGUGGUACUACAUCAACAAGGGCAUCCAGGAGACCGAGGGCGAUGACCGCUCCGAGUACCCUCACCACUACUCCCAGUUCGUCAAGUGGGCCAAGCUGAACGGCGGCAACCACAGAGUCGAGCUCGGCGUCAACCUGUCUCAGGAGGUUCUUGAUGCCGUACGCAAAAAGGACGCGCAGGGUGAGAUGCUUUGCGUCAUCGGCGAGAAACUUGCUCCCAUCCUCCGGGGCGAAGUCGAGCCCUUGGAGCUCAUGCUCGCUGACGGCUUGCUCUCGCGCCACUAUGAGGCCGACCCCAGCAAUGCCCAUCUCAGCAAGGUUCUCGGCGAGCUCGUGCUGAACCUGUCCGACCUGGAGCCAAACCUCAAGGUUCUGGAAAUCGGGGCGGGUACCGGUGGCACCACCCUCCCUGUGCUCGAGGCUCUUGCGCGAGAUAAGGAGGAGGCUGCCAUUCUCAACUACACCUUCACCGAUAUCUCGUCGGGCUUCUUCGAGAAUGCCAAGAACAAGCUCUCCAAUCCCAAGUUUGCCAACCGCAUCACGUACAAGAAGCUCGACAUCUCGCAGGACCCGGUCGAGCAGGGCUUCGAGGCCGAAGAGUACGACGUCGUCAUUGCCGCCAACGUGCUGCACGCCACUGAGGAUAUGGCCGUGACCAUGGCCAAUGUGCGCAAGGUGCUCAAGCCGCGCGGCAGGCUCUUCUUGAUCGAAGGUACCUGGCAUCCGGCCGUCCUGCUGCCCUUCUUCCUGCUUCCCGGUUGGUGGUAUGCCAAAGACCACUACCGCGACCACGACGCAGGUCCCAUGAUGCCCAAGCACGUCUGGAACCAGCUGCUGCUUGACACGGGUUUCUCAGGCGUCGACCUCGAAAUCCAGGACCGCCCCAACGACCCGACCGCGGGCAUCAGCAUCCACGCCUCGACCAGGGUGGGCAAGCCCGAGGAGGCCAAGACGGUUACUGUUGUGGGGCCGUUCAUGGACGACGAGGAGAUCGAGUAUGCCACUCAGGUGGCCAACGCCAUCGCAGAGCAAUACGACAUUGCCGUCGAGACUAAGCCCUUCGCCGAGAUCGAGGAGUUGGAGUACCCGUACUACGUCGUCAUAGACUCGCCGCGGCACAGUCUGAUGAAGGACAUGAACGAGGAGAAGUUUGAGGGGCUGAAGAAGCUCUUGCUGCAUAACAGCGGAAUUUUCUGGGUGGUCCCCAACACCGGCCCCGUCGAGGUCAGGUUCGUCAAGGGCAUGCUUCGUACGCUGCGGGUCGAGAACGCCGGUGAUGCUAAGAAUCUGAUGCUGCUCGACGAGACGCCGCUUACGGAGGAGGCCAUUCCCAGCAUCGUCAAGCUCGUCGGGACGCUGCGCGACCCCGAGGUCACGCGGACGCAGGACAUGGAUUAUGUGUACCAUGACGGUACCAUCUACAUCCCCCGCAUGCGACUGCUGAGGGAUUUCAAGGAGCGGUUUGCUGUCGAGCAGGGCAUCUCGUACCGCAAGGAGCAAAACAUGUGGGAGGGCGACCGGGCGCUCGAGAUGACCAUCGACGCUGCAGGCAGUCCCGACUCCAUCUACUUCCGCCGGUCCAACGUGCUCCAGGAGCCAGUGGGUGCCGAAGAGAUUGUCGUCAAAGUAGAGGCCGCCGGCGUCAGCUACCGCGACCUCAAUCUGGUUCUUGGCGCCAUCCCCUGGGCCGCGCCCGGGUUCGACGGCGUUGGCACGGUCACCAAGACCGGUGCUGGCGUGACCAAUCUGCAGGAGGGCGACCGGGUUUUCUUCCUGUCUCUCGAGGGCAGCGGUUUCUCCACUUACAAGAAGAUGCCCGUGUGGCACGCUGCCCGCAUACCGGCGAGCAUCAGCACCACCGACGCCGCCACUAUGCCGCUCGCGUACUCCCUCGCUGUUCUUGCGCUCAUCCACACGGCCAGGCUCGGCCAAAACGAGACGGUGCUCAUCCACUCGGCGGCGGGCGCUGUUGGGCAGGCCUGUGUGAGGAUUGCGCAGCAUCUGGGCGCCAAAGUCUUCGUGACGGCGGGUACUGCGUCCAAGCGGGCGUACCUGCACGAGACUUUUGGCAUCCCCAAGGAGCGCAUCUUCUCGAGCCGGACCCCCGAGUUCCGGGACGCCAUCCUCGUCGCCACCAACAACAAGGGAGUCGACGUCAUUGUGAACCAGCUCGGUAAACAGCUGCUGACCGAGACGUGGGCGCUGGCCGCCCACUUCGGCCGGUUCAUCGAGAUCGGAAAGCUCGACGCCUUCAACAACAGCUUCCUUCCCAUGAAGACCUUUGACAACAACGUCACCUUCAGCGCCAUCGACCUCCGUGACCUUUAUACGCAUCGGCCUGGUGCGGUCAAGGAUGUCUUUGCCGACGUAGUCAAGCUUGUCCAGCACAGGGUUGCCGUGCCGAUCAAACCCAUCAGCGUGCUGCCUAUCUCGCAGUUCUCCAAGGCGCUACAGAAACUCAAGGCCGGCGAGAACAUGGGCAAGGUCGUUGUCGAACUCGGCUCGGAGGAGCGCGUCGUGGCCGAGAGCAAGCUCCGUCCGACGAAGGUCAGCCUCAGGCCGGACGCCACGUAUGUCAUCACCGGCGGCACACGCGGUAUCGGGCUCAACCUCGGCGUGUGGCUGAUUGAGCAUGGGGCUAAGAACAUUGUUCUGCUCGGCCGCAGCGGUGCCUCUGGGCCCGCGGUACAGAAGGUGCUGAAGCAGUAUGAGAACACCGACGUGACGAUCCGCGCCUUGGCCUGCGAUGUCGGCAACUAUGGCCAGAUGGAAAUGAUGGUCAAGUCCAUUGCCGACAUGCCACCCGUCAAGGGCGCCAUCCACAGUGCUCUUCUGCUGAGCGACAAACUGUUCGAAAACGCCACGUUCGCCGACUGGGAGAUCAUUUGCAAGCCGAGAGUCGACGCCGCGUGGCAUUUGCACAACCUCCUCCCCAAGGACAUGGACUUCUUCAUCGGACUGGGCUCCUUCCUGGGCGACACGGGCAAUGCCGGGCAGGCCAUCUAUGCUGGCACAGCCGUCUUUUACCACGAGUUCGCCAAGUACCGCCGGUCGCUCGGGAUGCACACCAUCAGCAUCGCGCUGCCGGUCGUGCUCGACGUUGGCUACGUGGCCGACAACAACCUGACCGACAUCCUCAAGCAGACGCUGGGCGCGACGCUGACCAUGGCCGACAUCCGCACGCUCGUCAAGGGAGCCGUCAUGGGCCCCGACAGUCCGUUCCACCACGACGGCAAGGCGCUCGCCUUCCGCAUGUUCCUUGAGGGCCAAGCCGUCACCGGCGGUGGGCCGUGGACCUUCUUCCAUCCUGUGCACGCCAAGGAGAGGCUCAAGGCCGAGCGGGCCAAGAAGAAGUCCGGAAAGGGUGGUGCUGGCGGUGCUGGCGGCGACGUGUUCACGGGCAGCUGGACGGCCGCCGAUGAUCCGCUGACGGGCUUGACCGAGGCAUUGCGGACCAAGGUCGCGGCGAUGACGAUUACCGAUAUUUCUGAAGUCCAGGGCGACACGCCGCUGGCGGCGCUUAAUUUGGACUCGCUGGUUAGUGUGGAGCUGAGGAACUGGAUCCGCCGCGAGACUGGUGUGGAGCUGUUGUUGAGUGCCAUCACGCAAGCCGAGAACCUGGCGGCGCUGGCCGCCGAGACGCUGGCCCAGAGGAACGGGGCUGCAAAGUGA